UCCAGAAGGAAAAAAAUAACAUCUCCGAGUGUACUCGACUUGCGACGGAUACAUCCCUUUGGAUCCCCGGAUUUUCCCUCUACUUUCGUCAGUAUCUCUCGUCUCCUUGGCGAAUAUCACCCAUAUCAGCCCUUGUUUCGAAUCUUGCCUCCCAACCGGGUAGCGCGAGUUCCAGCGACCGACAGCCCCGACUUCGAAUCUUCCGUCCUAGCACCUUUCACCACCUUUUGAAUCCCCCCGCCUCUUGGUCAACUCUGACCUUCUACACUCCCCACCAUGACGACGAUGGUUGCGGCUGGUACCCCGCUCGCGGAGGCCUUGGCAAAUGCGAUUCAACCAAAGCUGGUCGAGAUGGGAUGGAGCUCCGACAGUGGGGAUGACUCGGCGUUGAUCGAGUAUGUGAUCCUGAUGCUGGUCAACGGCAAGACCCAGGAACAGAUUGCCGGGGAACUAUCAAACGAUCUUCUUGGUCUUGGCGAGGGUGAUACGCAGGCGCUGGAUUUCUCAACAUGGCUUUUCGAACAAGUCGAAUUCUUGAACCAACAGAUUAAUGGGGGAGGUGUACCGACAACGACGGAGGCGGACUCCAUGCAGACUAUCCCCUCCUUUGGUGACCAAGCCGCGUCUGCGCCUUCGCAGCCGAUGUCUCAAGACGGUGCAAUGGACGCGGAUAUGACCAUGGGCGAUGGCGGGGCCGCCAACGAUGGAAUACCCACCGGACCUAAAGCAAUGCGCAAUGGUCGCCACGGGGGACGAGGCAGAAUGCUCAACCAGAUCAACCGAGCAAUGGACCGUGCCGACGGCCCUCUACACCGUAUACGGGGCCAGUCGGGCGCCGGCACCGGCCGAAUCAAUGCUCAUGGCAGAGAUUAUCCGAAGGGGCGCUUCCAGAACGGCAGCGGUAGAAUGGGUGGCGGACGUCAGAUGGGUGGAAUGGGCAUGAACCCGAACCAAAUGGCAGCCGCAGGGAACAUGAUAAACAUGCCAGCGAAUGAUCAGAUGCACCUGAUGUCCCUUCUCGAGGAACAGGCGCGCAUGAUGGCUCAAUUCAUGCCCGGAUUUGUCUCUCCGGCGAUCAACCCGGCCUUCCAACCCAACGCCCCCCAACAAGGUCGCUCUCUAUUCGACCGUGUCGAGCGCCAGCACGGCCGCCGACCGCACGGAUCCUUUAACAACCGACGCGAGAAGCACGCCGAUGUCAAUAUGGACAUGAAAUCCGACCAAGCACAGGACGGCGAACUAGAUGAGAACAACACCAACAGCGUCUGCCGCUUCAACCUCCGAUGCACCCGGAAAGACUGUCCCUUCGCACAUCAGUCACCUGCCGCUCCCGAUGGAACUCCCGUGGAUAUCUCCGAUAUCUGUUCGUACGGCGCAGCUUGCAAGAACCGGAAAUGCACCGGCCGCCACCCGUCACCCGCCGUCAAGUCGGCACACCAGGCCGAAGAGCUUUGCAGGUUCUUCCCGCAUUGCGCCAAUCCCCAUUGCCACUUCAAACACCCCGACAUGCCGCUGUGUCGCAACGGGGCCGACUGCUCCGUGUCUGGUUGCAAGUUUACCCACGUUCAAACCCCGUGCAAGUUUAACCCGUGUCUCAACCCUAGUUGCCCCUACCGACAUGAAGAGGGCCAAAGGGGGGCGUUCUCCGACAAAGUGUGGACGGCCGGCGAGGACAAAUCCCAUGUUAGCGAGAGGAAGUUUGUGGCCGACGAGGGCGCCGCGGAGGAACUGAUCAAGCCUGAUGGUCCCGCGGAGGGCUCCUCGCAAACCCAAGAGAUCAUAACGUGAUGGUGGACGAUUUGAAUAUGCAACACUUUCCCCCCCCCCUUUGUGUUGUCUUACUGUGACGAACCUGAAUUUCCAUUUCUCUUCUAUGCUUUAAUUAUCAUGUAUUACUUUGUGCGCAUGCAAUUGAUGGGCGGCUUGGUAGGAAGGGCGUUUUAAUUCGAUUUGGCCGAUUCCCGACAAAAAGGGAGCAAUAUUCUAUUGGCUUGUAAAUAGAUGUGGAUAUGACGAGAUCUCGUUGCUGCUUAAGUCACCACGAUCGUUGGGAUUCUGAUUCACCAUAUUUCAUGUUCAUUCAUGGAGUGUAGACCUAUAUGUGCUGUAUACAAGGUGCCUGAUUAGUAUGUAGCAUG